AUGUCCCUAGACUCGCAACCGCAAUCCUCAGCCACCUCCACCUCCACCUCGAAAUCGAGAAAGUACAAAAUGACCUUCGGAACCAUCUUCUCCUACCCCAACAACCCCCGGGUCUUCAAGCGCGUUAACACCAACCAGAUCCAAGCCGUCGCAAACCUCAACGGCCACACCCUCGACAACGCGCACUUCAAGCUCGGCGUCGACAACAAAACCGACGAGUUCCUGGACAAAUUCCCGCUCGGCAAAGCGCCCGCCUUCACCUCCGCCGACGGCGUCCACCUCUUCGAGUCGAACGCGAUCGCACAAUACAUCGCCGAGCACGGGCCGAAGAAGGAGCAGCUUCUGGGCUCAACUCCCGCCGAGCGCGCCUUGAUCCAACAAUGGGUGGCAAUGGCCGAGACGGAGGUCGCCAACCACGUCGUUACGUGCUUUCUCCCGCGGGUCGGAUUGAUCCCCUACAACGAAGCGGCGGAUAACCAGGCGCUGGAACGGCUUGAGCGGGCGCUCGGUGCGCUGGAGCGACACCUUGCUGGGCGGACGUGGCUGGCUACGUCGGAGAAGCUGAGUCUGGCGGAUAUUGCGGUCGCGGCGUCGCUGAUUUGGGGGUUCACCUUUGUCAUUGACCAGGAGAUGCGCGCCAAGUAUCCUGGUGUUGUGGACUGGUUCCGCGAUGUCACUGGUACCGAGGGUGUCAAGGAGGCGUUUGGGGAGAUCAAGUUCAUUGAGAAGCGCGAGGUCCCUAACUAA